UUGACGCAGAUCAAUUCAUUGAUGGGUUCCAGGCAUAUCCUCCCCUAAGGGCUCUUCAUAGAACCUAUCAAGUUUCACGAAAAAUGCCUCCUGUUCUUCAGGCUAAUUUGCUUCCCCGAUUGGAGCUUUGGCUUGAUCUCUUCCAAGAUGAAUGCCUUUGUGAUCCCAAAGACGUUGCACUAUACUUUUUCCCUGAUGAUAACAGUGCCAGAUCAAGAGAGAGCCAAGAUUGGCUCUUUGAAGCCAUGGAUACCCAAAACUCAGUGUUGAGAGUUUGCUUUGGUGGUGUGGAGGCCAUGGAUGUCGUGGAGUUGUUGAUAUUUACAUCUAAGCAUCUACACUUGGACUCAUCAGAGACUGAAAAUUUUAAGCUAGGAGACUUCUUAUGGGGAAUAUUUCGUGAUAAAGAUGAUCGUCAAGCAGACAUGGAAGACACUGGGAGUUGUACCGUGGAUGAAGUAGACAUGGUAGGUGGAAAGAUGGUGGGAAUGGCCGAUGUAGUAGUUUCAAAAGAUUGAACUCGGAAGAGCUGAAGAUAUUUAUGUGGAUCAUCAGGAAUUAGUUUUCCAAGUGUUACAUUCCAUUUCUUGGAUAAGAACCUUCUCAUGCUGUUAGUUGGACAUUUGAUGUUCAUCUUCUCAUGUGUCUUGCUAGUCAAGUAACUGAAAGAUGAGGAUGAAGCCCUCCUUGAUACAGAGAACAAAAGACUCCAACCAGUGCUGGUUGAACUGUAGACCACGCAUGGAAAUAACAACACCCUGAUCCUUGUAGGUAGCUAGAAUGUUGAAACCUGAUGUACGUACUGCUCAAACUUUGAUUUUCAUUUACCAACGGGUGAAAUAGCUAGGGGCUUGAGAAUGAAUAUGUUUGUC